AUGGGAUGUUUCAUGAUGACUGUCAAAGGCUUCCCUGAACUUCAGUGUCCUGCAGUGAUGAUUGUUCGAUUUUCGAAGCAUGCGAAACAGGUCCAGAUAUUCGAUUUCACAAUGCACUGGGUUCAGGGCCGGUUGACCUCCAAAUUGGCAGCAUCGCUCCUGUUUCGUCGAGGCUUGCAUGGCCACACAUUGCUGGCUGCUUUGAUUCGGGACCAUCGCAUCCUCAAGGUGACUGCAGAUGGACUCUCGAAGCUCUUGGACGCUUACGCUGUUCGGAUGAGACGAAACUCCUCAAAGUCAGCCAAGAUUCGUGGGCUGAUGGCCACUGAUGAAAUCCGGGAGUUUUGCACCGACGAAGAACUAGCUGCACUCGACAAGGCCCUGGACGAGCACGACAAGAAGCGCAGAAAAAUGAAGGUGCCAGACAAUGUUGACGGAGAAGAAGAGGAUGCUCAGGAAGCUACAAGGCUGCAAACAGUAUGGACACCGCCUGCUGAAGAAGCAGAGAUGAAUGAACAGGAUCCGGGAAUGAUGCUGGCGCAGCAGAUGGUGUCUGAAAUGGGCGAAGGUGAAGAGGAUGGCAGCGACAAAGAGCAAGAGCAGCCUGCGCAGGAGGCUGAGAUGGAAGCAGCCAGCAGGGAAACAGGUGAGGCAGCUUCAAGCUCACAGAGGCCUGCCCAGAACGAGACACAGGAGAGACAGAGGGAGAGCAGGAAGUUGCUGAGCAAAGCCACAACGAUCCCGCCCUGGCUCCGCGAGAUGUUUGAUGUGCCAGAUGGUGUUGUCCCGUGGCACGUGCAGCACAAGGCCAAGGUUUUGCCGCACUUCCAAGUCCGGCUUCCAGCAGAUGUCACCCACGAGGGCAAGUAUCACAUGCAAUGA